AUGAGCAGCUCCAACUGUCGUUUCUACGAGAACAAGUACCCCGAGGUCGAUGAGGUGGUCAUGGUAAAUGUCCAGGAGAUCGCUGAGAUGGGUGCCUAUGUCAAGUUGCUCGAGUACGACAACAUCGAAGGUAUGGUUUUGUUGAGUGAAUUGUCCAGAAGACGUAUCCGUUCCAUCCAGAAAUUGAUCCGUGUUGGUAAAAAUGAGGUUGCUGUCGUGUUGAGAGUCGACAAGGAAAAGGGUUACAUCGAUUUGUCCAAGAGAAGAGUGUCUGCUGAGGACAUCGUCAAGUGUGAUGAAAGAUACAACAAAUCUAAGGCUGUGCACUCGAUCUUGAGACACUGCGCAGAGAAGUUCAACGUAUCAUUGGAAAAAUUGUAUCAGACGGUCGGAUGGCCAUUGUCCAGAAAAUACGGUCAUGCUUACGACGCUUUCAAGUUGCUGAUCACCGACUCCACCAUUUUCGAAGGCGUGGAAGCUCCAUCUCCAGAGAUCUUGGAAGAAUUGAAAUUGUACAUUAGCCGCCGUUUGACUCCUCAGGCCAUCAAAAUCAGAGCCGAUGUGGAGGUGUCGUGCUUUUCCUAUGAGGGUAUCGACGCUAUUAAGUCGGCCUUGAAGGCUGCUGAGGCUGAAUCCACCGAGCAGAUGCAAGUUAAGGCCAAAUUGGUGGCUGCUCCAUUGUAUGUUAUCUCCACUCAGGCAUUGAACAAGGUACAUGGUAUUGAGUUGUUGGAAAGGGCCAUCGAGAAGGUCACCGAGUCUAUCGAGGCUGCUGGUGGUAACUGUAAGGUCACUAUGGCACCUAAGGCUGUGACUGCCACUGAAGAUGCAGAGUUACAGGCUCUCUUAGAGAGAAAGGAGGCUGAGGAUAAGGAGUCGUCUGAUGAGGAGGAGGACUAG